AUGGCCGCUCGCCACGACUAUCUCGCCUACAAGCACGACACCAGCUUGCUUCUUCGCUGGAUGAUACAGACCUCCAACAACAUCAUCAAAGCACACAAGGCUGAAAUUGCCGAACUCCAGUCGCACGAACUCAACAAGAGGGGUCAAAUUAGGGUCGAUGGGAUCGUCCCGUUGUGCGGACUCAUUGCCAAGCAUGUCACCAACGUCUCACCAUCAAUUUACCGACUCUUUCAGUCCAUAAUUGAUGCCCGGACCGCCAGUUAUUCAAGGUCCCAGAGGGUCGCGAUCCAGAUUCAAGACAAAAAUGUUGAGGAAUGCAAUUCUACCUACAAGUUCUUCAUUGACACCCUCGUAGCGGUCUUGGAGGCCCUCGGGAGUACGCCUUCGAAGCCGGGAGCAAGCCAGAAUGCGGAUCAUGGUGCUUCAUCAGUUAGCAAAGAGGAGGCCAAGCAGCUCAUCUCCGCCAAUAGAUUUGUCCCUCUCCAGAAUGGCGAGAUAGAUGGGUCUAGCGACAAGGAGGUCCCACAACAGUCAUCGACGACCCAACCACGAAACAAGCCCGUCCUGCUUCGCCGCUCUCUUCAAGAGGUUUGGCGAGAUGUCGCAUACAACCACCUCAACAUUGUUAUUGGCGGCACGCUCUCCAACUCCGCCAUUGCCAUGAUCCAACGACGUUCAAGAGCGAUAUUUGUUAAUUUCCCCGACCAUGAUUCAUAUGGCAGCAUCAUGAACAUAGUCACCUGGGGGUUGCCUUAUGAAUUGCAAGGCAAAAUGUUAUCACACUUGUGGUCGUUGCCCCAAUUCCGACCAGACAACUUUACGCCUUCCAAAGAGAUAUGUGUUGAUGCCAAAGAGCAGUUGAUGGCCUAUUCCUACAACUAUCUCGUCGAAUUCAUUACUGAUCCAACACACUCGCUCUGGCAAGCCAACCAAGCGCAUGCUCGCGGAACUCGACAGCUGGGACCCCAACCUCAGCCUCCAGACGGCGACAAAAGAGGAGUGCCUGCUGUGGCGGAGGAGCUACACGAUCAAUUGGCUGUAUGA